AUGGAAAAAGUUUAUGCUAGCUCUCUCCCUAUCCUUAAUCGAACGACUGACAAAGAAUGGGGGCUAAAAGCAUUUUGGAAAACAAAUUAUAUAGAACCCAAAAUUUGUUUAAAUGGAAUAGUUCAAUCAGAGAGGAGUAAGAAAAAUCAAUUAUUUUGUGAAAAUUGUAAAGGAAAAAGAAAAAUUAAGAUCAAAAUGGUAGAACAUAAAUGGCCUGAAGUCCUUGUUUUGUAUUUUCCUGAAGAAAGCAGGCAGGUUAAACUAGAUGAAAACUUAGAUGUUGGAGAAUGUAAAUUUUUAUUGUAUGGAGUAAUCAAAUAUAUUGGCUCUGGCAUGUUUGGGCACUAUACUGCUAUGACCAAAGAUGGAAAGAUUUGGAAUAUCUACAAUGACGAUAAGGUUUAUAAGACCCAAUUUGAAGAAGAGGAUAAAUAUUUAGCAUUUUAUAAGAGAAUAAACAUUCAUUAUUAGAGAGUCAGAAAACACCAAUUUUUGACGCUGAAACAAAUUUGGUACACCAAAAUGGCUAGGUGCUUAAAAUAAUAGUUCUGCUCUCACCUCUUUUAGCUCCUCUCUCCGUAAGCGAGCAAUAACAUUGAAAAAUCGUUUUUUUUAGCUAAAAGCCUGACCUCUGUGAGAAAAACAAACUUUUUAAUAUAAUAAUUUUUUAUGAAAAUAAAUUUUUAUAUAUAAGUGGUAAUUCUUAUAAUGAAGUCUCUUACUAUAUUUGAUUAAUUUAAACUCCUUGCAUUGUAAACAUAAAUUUCACAAAUUAAAUUAAAAUUUCUUUUCAAAUUGGGAUUUUUUAAAAAUUUUGAAAAAAUAAAAUAAAAAAAUGCACCCACUUCGUGAACAAAAUUUUUUUGUUCGCGCACAAAGGAGGGGUGUAAGGAUAAUUAA